GCUCAUUUUCUUCAUUUUUUCACUCCACGCUCCUUUUCUUCUUCAUUUUUUUGUUCCACGCCAAAGUGAAGCUAGGGCUUCUUCUCUCUACCGCCGCUCCUUCUUUUCUCUCCACCGCUGCUCCUUCUCUUCACGGUGACCCUCGCUUUCUCUCAAAUGUCACCCGCUGCUCCUCCUCCUUCUUCUUCUUUCCUUCAGAUUCGGCCUUUGGGAAGUCAGAUUUCUUGCAAGGCCGCAGCUCUGUUUCAGGUAAAGGUGAUUGUGUGGUUUCCCAGCCGUGUUCGGUUUACAGUCGUAGGCCAUCUCUGCUCCCCAUGUCUCCGUUCUCCUGUCGGCGGUUUCCUCCACUCCUUCGCGGCCUCCAAGAUUGUCCGCUGCUUCAGAUUUCAAGAGACUGAGGGUGACUGUACGGAGACCUUGAACAUGGAUGACCGUUACAUCAAGGCAUAUUCUAGACGAGCAACAGCUAGAAAAGAACUUGGAAAACUUAAAGAAAGCAUUGAAGGUUGAUAAGCCCUUACUCAGGCAAGUGUUUGUUAGGAGGAAUAAAAGAGUUUAGGAAGGGACAGCUGUCUUAAGUGGCUGUGGUAGUUUGGUGUUAGUAGUUUAGUGGAAAUAUUACUUUAGCUUACGGGGGGAGUUUGGGGAGUGAGGAGAGGAAAUUGUAUAAAAGGGGAAAGAGGAGGGAAAAGCGGUUAUCGGGGAUUAAACAGAAAGUGAACAAGUCUUGGAACAAUUCCAAA